GAUAAAAGCAAAAAAGCUUACUAGCUAUAUAAUUUUUUUUACAAAAUUACUACUUUCUUAAAAUUUUCAUAGAAAUGGAUACAAGUGUGGAAAUUUUUCAUGCCAACUGUCUUAUGACUUGGAACACUUACAAUUGUCCCGUUUGUUAUUACAUCAAAAAUCCCGAUUUAAUGAAAAACUCCGCUUGCAUGAGUUGCGACGUCAACGAUUCGUUGUGGUUUUGUAUUGUUUGUGCUCAUGUUGGUUGCGGUCAAGGAAUACAGGGUCAUGCUUUGGAACAUUAUACGACUACUAAGCAUAAAUAUGUUAUGGAAUUGCCGGGAUUUCAAGUUUGGGAUUAUAAAAUGGAAAAGUUUUUACAUAAAUUAGAUGCUAAAGAUCAAAGACUCGAUAACUUUCACAGCUACUACGAACAAAAUGGGGAAAAUACAUGCUCUUGCCCCGUAUGCCAGCACAUGCGCACGCCAAAAUUUCUAAAACAACCCGUCUGUAUGGAAUGCGAAGAGGUCCAAACACCAGCUCUAUGGAUCUGUUUGUCUUGUAGUCACAUCGGUUGUGGCAGACACAGCAAUCGUCAUGCUCUUUUACAUUUCAACAAAACUAAACAUCCAUAUUCAAUGUGUCUGAAUAAUUUCAGUAUUUGGGAUUAUAAAGAACACAAAUAUCUACAUCGGCAAUUGCACGAAACAGUUGCGAUGAAAUCCGAAUUAGUGGAAUUUGAAGGCGAACGCGUAAAGGAGGAUUUCGAAAAACGUAUGGAUCGUUUGGAACGUGAGUGGCAAGAGUUUAGUAAACUAACAGAGGCCAAUGAAAAGAUGAUCACCAUCGAAGAGAGAUUAUUAACCUUAACAGAUGAAAAGAAAAUUUUGGAAGAAAAGCUAUAUGAACAUGAUGCUAAACUAAAUGAAUUACUUUCACAAUUUGCUGGAAAUCGUGAAAAUACUAGCUCUCCAGCAAAUACUAAUACCAAGGCAAUUGAAGCUAAUAAUAAUACAAACGAUCCUAUGGGGAGUAUUAAAUCGGAAGAACAACAAAAACAAGAUGAUGUAAGAAUUUCUACAUUCACUGGGACCUCUAAGAAUUUUAUUUCAUUAAUUAUUUUAGGACUUUUUGUUUAUUAUUUUUUUAGGUUAUUUUUGCAAAAACUUGCUGAGUGUUUAGUGAAUUUAUUGUAAUUUUUUUAAUUUUCUUGUUUUUCUUGUUUUGUUUUGUUGCUGAUCAGAUUUGAUCGAGAAAUAUUUGGAUAGUGAAAUGUAUAGAAAUCUGAUUCGUAAGACAUCAUCACAAAGUAUAUAAUUAAUAGAACUAUUAUUAUCAUCAUCAUUAUUGCUAUUUAAAUUAUUACUGUAUGUAACAUUUAUUGUUUAUUAGUGUAGUGAA